GAAAUUAACCGGUAAAACAAAAGUUUGUACCCUCUAAAUAAAAAAAAAAAAUAUCCCAAAGAACCAUUUAAAUCAAUCAAUAUAUGGAAUAUUGUUGUGCAGCCGAUUAAUGCUUUUGUCUCAACAUCCAGCCCCUCCCUGUUGACUUACUCUACCGGUCACCGUCACCACCUAAACCCCUUCUUGCUACUUACGUCCUGCCAUGGAUGUUACCAUGUUUCUAUUUAAUCCAGCUUCCACUCAAGAACAAUCAGCAAUCUAAUUAGGGUUUGAUCCGAUCAGAGACAAUGAAAGGAGGAGUGAGAAGGAUUAAGCUCGGAUCACAAGGUAUGGAGGUAUCAACUCUCGGAUUAGGAUGCAUGGGAAUGUCUGCUGGUUAUGGACCUCCCAAACCCGAAGAAGACAUGAUCAAACUCAUCCACCACGCCGUCAACUCCGGCGUCACUCAUCUCGAUACUUCCGAUUUCUACGGCCCUUACACCAACGAAAUCCUCAUCGGCAAGGCGUUGAAGGGAUUGGAAAGAGGAAGUGUUCAAUUGGCAACGAAAUUUGGGAUCAAAUCGUUGGUUGGAGAAGGCGAAAUCUGUGGAGAUCCAGAGUAUGUUAGGGCUUGUUGUGAGGAUAGUUUGAAACGCCUUGAUGUUGAUUACAUCGAUCUGUAUUAUAUCCAUCGCGUUGACCCUCGUGUUCCUAUCGAAAUCACGAUGGGAGAACUGAAGAAACUAGUUGAAGAGGGUAAAAUCAGAUAUAUUGGUCUAUCGGAGGCUUCACCUUCAACGAUUAGAAGAGCACAUGCUGUUCAUCCGAUUACUGCUGUACAGUUAGAGUGGUCGCUGUGGACUAGAGUCCCUGAAGAAGAAGUAAUUCCAACUUGCAGAGAGUUAGGUAUCGGGAUUGUUCCAUUUGGUCCUCUUGGAAGUGGAUUCUUGGCUUCUGGGCCAAAGUUACUUGAGGGCUUGACAGAUUCCGAUUUUAGGAAGUAUUUGCCACGAUUACAAGGGGAGAACUUGGAACAUAAUAAGAUCACAUUCGAAAGAAUUCAUGAAAUUGCCCAGAAGAAAGGGUGUACCCCCUCCCAGUUAGCAUUGGCGUGGGUCCUACACCAAGGGUUCGAUGUGGGUCCUAUCCCGGGGACCACAAAGAUCGAGAACUUGAACCAGAACAUUGAAUCUUUAUAUGUAAAGCUCUCACCACAAGACAUGGUUGAGCUUGAAUCUAUUGCUUCUAUUGAUGCUUUCAAGGGUAGUAGAUUACCUCCGACAAUUUUGGCUCAUUCAAAUGUUGAAACUCCUCAUUUAUGAUCAUAUGGAUAACUAGCAAGUCAUCCAUUCGAUAUGAGAUGACUGAUCCUGUCAUUUAUCAUAUCUGAUAUACCAGGAUCAAUCAUAUAUGAUAUAGUUUAUUGUAUUUUGGGUGUAUUUCUAAAAGUGCAAAUGAGUUGUAUUUUAAUCACAUUAUUCAUAUUCGGGUUUAUUUUAAUGAGAACUUAAUAUAUCAGGGUAAUUAUUUUCUCGUUUUGUACAUCAUAUAUGACCAUUAUGAUCGAGUGUAGCAAGUUAAAACCAAUCAUAAUCGUCAUAUGUGAACAAUUACAACAAAUUCAUUACCUAAUUUUGUACAAAAAAAGUUACUAAAAUAUGAACAAAACGAAAAAGUAAUUAUCCUGAUAGGUCAAUUUCUCUUUUUAUCAAGA